CUUUGCUGGGCCCCAGGCAGGCCCUGCAGCCCUUCCCGGGGCCACUGUGUAAGGAGCAUGGCAGACACCGGGGAGGGGAAAAAGGAGGAAGCUGAUUAUAAGAGACUUCACAGCUUUCCACUGAUCAGGCACACGGACAUGCCAGAGGAGAUGCGUGUGGAAGCCAUGGAGCUGUGUGUCACGGCGUGUGAGAAAUAUGCCACCAACAACGAGAGUGCUGCCAAGAUGAUCAAAGAGAUGAUGGACAAGAAAUUUGGGUCCUCCUGGCAUGUGGUGAUUGGGGAAGGUUUUGGCUUUGAGAUCACUCACGAGGUGAAGAAUCUGCUCUACAUGUUCUUUGGUGGCAGCCUGGCCGUGUGUGUCUGGAAGUGCUCAUGACAGCUGGCUGGGCCCCAGACUCGCUGCCCACAAGUUCUUCCUUCUCUUCACAGGUUUUGUACAAUCUGGAGGUGGGACUUUAUUUUUAAUAGUCGAACUUUGAGAUUUUUUUUUCAUACUGAUGUACCAGUCAUAUGGGAUACAGUUUUU